UCGUCUUUUUUGAGGUCCUUGCUGUCGAAGCGGGGUCCUUCUGUGAAAGAUGGCGAUCUCCAGCAAGAGUCAGGUGCUUUCUCUGUACAAAAUAUUAUUGAAAGAAAGCAAACAAUUUCCUUCAUAUAAUUACAGAACAUACGCCUUGCGGAGGGUGAGGGACGCCUUCAGGGAGAACAAGAACGUGGACGACCCUAAGACCCUGGAGAUCCUGCUAAACCGGGCCUGGGAUAGCCUGGCUGUAAUCCAGCGUCAGGUAGCCAUUGGCAAGCUGUACAGUGCUCAGAAGACCGUGGUGGAAACCGAAGGGAUGAAGAAAGCCUCCUGAAUGAAGGGAGAGAAUGUAGACAGAAUGACAGAAGAGGAUGUUGACUGGUCACUUCCAGGAAGUGUCAUUGACUUGUAGUGGUCCUCGCUAGGAUACUGGCAGAGGGAAUGGGUUGGUGCCCUCCAGUGGCAAUUAAAGUUAUUACCAGUAAUUUUCCACCCAGGCCACAGCCGUGUAGUGGGGUAAGCACCUACUGUAUAUGGUAUGUGCAGAUUUCAUCCCACUGUCAUAACAUUUUUUUUCUUUACUUUUGAAAAGUAUCUUUUUGUCAUUGUAUGUAUUUUGCCAUUUGAAAUGGUUGAAAAUAAAGAUUGUGUUUCCAUUA